AUGGGAGCCACCACGAAUGCCAUCAACUUGAUGGGUCUUGUGUUUCUUUCUCACGCCGUGUACAGCUCUUACGAACACUCGCUGUUGCCAAAUGCUUCCACUCCACCUCCGCCUAGCACAAUACUGCCGUCAAUACUAGAUCCCAAGAUCAACAUACCGCUCGACAUAAUUCUAGAAACGGUCUUCUCCGUCCUGCUUCUCUGCGUAGGGGUUGUGCUUGGAAGUCAGAGCCUCAAGCCGAUACAAUGGAAUGUGUGGGCUGGACGGUUGGAGCGCAGUAAAGAAGCGAGAGAGAUUCAAGGUGUCGGAGUCGGUGGUGGUAAUCCUUUUGCGGCUGUGGAAGAGCGGUCGGGAUUUUUGGACAUCAGAGGGAGGCGGAAGGAGUUUGCUGCUUGGGUCAGAGAUACUUGA